CAGAUCCACCAGCUAGGACCAGAGAGACAGAGCAGUCGGUUUUGAGGUGGCUAUGGGAACACGUUACUCUCUCAGUAUGGGACUGGUGUGAUCAAUUGAUCCUGGAACAACACCAUGGGAAUGAUUCAUUGGGUCCUAUUCUUGUUUGCUUUUCUCGUCACCCUGCUGGAUCAUCUGGUUAGUCCCACAACCAACCUUUGUUCCUCCCAAGGUCUCUGUUGCAAACACAGGGACAGUGGAUGUGUGAUUCAGAACAUAUUUGCUAAUCACUCGGUGGAUACCAGCUCACUUCCUUGCUACUGUGACCAUGCCUGUCUUCGUUUGGACGAUUGUUGUCCGGAUUAUCGGGAUUUCUGUUCAGUGAAGGACUGUGUAUUGUCCGAAUGGGGCCCUUGGACUCAGUGCCCAUUCGAGACCAUAGACAAUGAUCUGGCCUCCUCGUCCUAUGAGGCCAUUCAAGACGGCUGCAAUUACACGACAAAACAAGGCCGUCACGUCGGGUUCUCCGAGCGCCAUCGGGUGGUUUUACAUCAGGCCAUGAAUGGAGGACGGAAAUGUCCCAGUCUGGUUCAAAGGAAGCUCUGUCCCAAUCCGAAGAGGAAUUGCCGGCCCACGAUUAAUGACGCGAAUCCAGGUUCAUCCGUCGAAGAUAUGGGACGUGCUCGAUUGGCUCCAAAUGAGAAUGUCGCCGUUGAAGCCCUGGCUGACCACCAAGUUGAGCACCCAUUGACAUUUGUGAAAUUCCACUCGCCGACAACUAUGAUGAACGAUGCUGUCUCUUCCUACCCUGAUGAGGAACUCCGGGGUGGUCAUGGUCAAUCGUCAUCUCAAACUCUGGAUGAAUCUGCUGAACAAACGUUCUCUUGUCUGGAAAUGGUCAUCAUCCGAGCUUCGCAUGGAUGCCAAGGACACGACAAACGGCUUCACAUUGGCACGAGGAUAUGCAUUCAGUGUCCCACGAAGAUCGCCCAAAGGGCUCCCGCGACCUCCACCGUGGAGAAAAACGGGUUCAUGUGCCCCAAUUCCACGUCUUCCAUGGACGACCAACUCAUCGGUCUCAUCCAGAAAUUCAGGAUUGAUGAGCAUUGCUUCGGGAAACUCACUUAUUUGGCCAUUCGGGACUCCCGCGAAGAGGAUUGUCCUUGCGAGGACGGCCUUCAAUUUCGGGUCAUCGCUUGAACCUUAAGCACGAGAGAGGAGGGCCUUCUUUCUCCCGACAUCUCUGAAAUGUACUCGUACCGUGCAAUUUUACAGAUAUAUAUUGCGUAAUACGUAUUUAAGUUCGAAAGUCUCAGUGUGUCAACUAGAUUGUUUCUGGUACCAUAAAAUCAUGUUUCAGGACAUUGCCGUGUUUUGUGAAAUACAAUUUCUUUAAAAAAACUCAA